AUGCAACUAUUUGUACAGUUAAUAAAUAGAAUGAAAUACACAUUUCAAAAACAUUACCCUUCUUCUGGUGCAGUCGGGUACAAACGUGUCUGAAAGAAAAGUGUGCCAUUUCUGAGGUAAAAAGUGUAUCCCGCAAUAUCGCAACAAUGACGGACUACGCUAACGAUCCCGCCGUGAGUAAUCUGCGGGAUUACCUCCGAAUACGCAGCGUCCAUCCCAAUAUUAAUUACGAUGAGUGCAUCGCAUAUCUCAGACGUCAAGCAUCAGAGUUGGGUCUACCUGUCCAGGUGUACGAAGUGGUGCCCAAGAAACCAGUGCUCGUGAUAACCUGGGAAGGGCUGGAACCCAGCCUGCCUAGUAUCCUGCUCAACUCGCAUAUGGACGUUGUGCCAGUUUUUGAGAAAAGCUGGAUCUACCCUCCGUUCGAAGCGCGCAUAGUGGACGGCGUGAUCUAUGCACGAGGAGUUCAAGACAUGAAGACCACGGGCGUUCAGUACAUCGAGGCGGUGAAGCGACUGAAGAAUAAGGGCAUUAGGCUGAAGAGGACUCUUCAUUUGAGCUUUGUACCAGAUGAAGAAGUGGGUGGAGGUAAUGGAAUGGGCGAGUUCGUGAAGUCUGAACACUACCGAAGCAUGAACGUUGGGUUCGCGUUGGAUGAAGGCCUGGCCAGUCCUGAUGAUAGCUUCGUGGUCUACAACGCCGAGAGGAGUAUAUGGCACGUGAAAGUGAUAUGUCCCGGGAAGUCCGGGCACGGCUCGCUCCUACUCCCGGACAACUCCGGGGAGAAGAUUCGCUAUAUCAUCGACAAGUUCAUGGACCUGCGUAAAGAAUCCAAAACGAAGCUCGAAAAUGAUCCCGAAUUGACCACAGCAGACGUCACUUCUGUAAAUCUCACCAUGUUAAAUGGUGGCAUCCAGAGCAACGUAAUUCCAGAAAAGUUGUCCGUCACCUUCGACUUACGUUUAGCUUUAUCUGUCAACGUUGUGGAAUUCGAAAAUAUGAUGAAGCAGUGGUGCUCGGAAGCAGGCGACGGAGUGACGUAUGAGUUUCUGCAGAAGGCCGACCACGUGGCACCUACGCGCGUUGACGACUCCAACCCCUACUGGGUGGCCUUCAAAGCUGCUGUCGACAAGCUCAAAGUGCCUCUAAAAGUGCGCACGUUUCCAGCCGGUACUGAUUCGCGAUAUAUACGUGAGCUAGGCGUAAGCGCGCUCGGCUUCUUCCCAUACAGACACACGCGCCCCGCGCUUCACGAACACAACGAGAGCCUGCGCGCUUCUGUGUUCCUCGACGGCAUCACCGUGUACGAAGAUAUUAUACCUGCCCUUGCUAAUGUAUAAUAAACCUUAAUAAAGUCAUUUUAAAGUUG